AUGUUGAUGGCAACAUUUGGUUUUUGUAACAGUGUCCCCCCAACUCCACCCUCAGCUAGUGCUGCUGAUCCACAUGAGCCAUUCUUUCAAGGUCUUAAAAAAAUUAUUCACAAUAAACCUUACUUAAUUCUGGCAUUGUGUUUUGGAUGUGGAAUUGCUUUAUUUAGCAGUUUAAGUACUCUAUUUGAGCAGAUACUCUGUCCUCAAGGAUACAAAGACCAAAUGAUUGGUAUUUAUGGUGCUUUGCUGAUUGGUACUGGUGUCUUGGGAGCAGCUGUUGCAGGUGCAAUAGUAGACAAGACAAAAAAAUUUAUGGAGACAGCAAAAGUGUGUUUUGCUUUUGCUGCUCUUGCUAGUAUAUUUUUAUCAGUU